UCGGCUAGGACGUCUGGGUCUGCCCCCCAGAGCGGGGGCCGGUCUGUAGCACCCUCCCCAGCCGGUCCUCGCUGCACCCUGAGCGCACCCAGCCGGCUCCCUGCCCCUGCACUCACAUCCGGGGUUGGGUUUGCUGCUAACGCGAAACGUAAAUUAACCCGGAAAAAACGAGGCGCCGGAGCCACACGCCCCCAGCUCCCGAUGUGACCGAGGCGCCGGAGCAGCGCCCGGCUGGCCAUGCCCCGGGGCAGCCCGCAGACGCCGCUGGGGUGAUGCUACAAGAAGCCCGGGAUGCCUUAUGUGGAUCGACAGAAUCGUAUCUGUGGGUUUCUAGACAUCGAAGAAAAUGAGACCUGCGGCAAGUUUCUGCGAAGAUAUUUCAUCUUGGACACCCAGGCCAACUGUCUUCUGUGGUAUAUGGAUAACCCCCAGAAUCUGGCUCUCGGGUCAGGAGCUGUCGGAUCUUUGCAGCUGACCUAUAUAUCCAAGGUCAGCGUCGCCACCCCGAAACAAAAACCGAAAGUCCCGUUCUGCUUUGUUAUCAAUGCUUUAUCUCAGCGCUAUUUCUUACAAGCCAGUGAUCAAAAGGACCUACAGGACUGGGUGGAGGCUCUGAACCGUGCCAGCAAGAUUACGGUGCCAAAGAGUGGUAGUUUGCCCCCAGCCACAGAGAUUACAAAGCCCCCCAUUGCACCCCAAACCCAGGAGAAGAAACCACAAGUGGCCUACAAAACUGAGAUCAUUGGAGGGGUGGUUGUGCACACACCUAUCUCUGUCAAUCAGAAUGGAGGGGAAGGAGCAGACGGAGGCGAUGUGGCCACUCACCCUCUUCUGAGACGCUCCCAGAGCUACAUACCCACCUCUGCCUCCAAGCCGUCCACAGGGCCACCUGUCCUCAAGAGCGGCUACUGCGUGAAGCAGGGGAAUGUGAGGAAGAGCUGGAAACGCCGGUACUUUGCUCUUGACGACUUUACCAUCAGUUAUUUCAAGUGCGAGCAGGACAAGGAGCCCUUGCGUUCGAUCCUCCUGAAGGACGUCCUCAAGACCCACGAAUGUCUAGUCAAAUCUGGUGACCUUCUCAUGCGGGACAAUCUGUUUGAAAUCAUAACGAGCUCCAGGACAUUCUACAUCCAGGCAGACAGCCCUGAGGAUAUGCACAGCUGGAUCAAAGCAAUCACAGAGGCGAUGCAGGCCCUGAAAAGCCGCCCAAGGGAAAUGUCCUUUGCAAGAUCCAUUUCUUCUAUGAGCAGGCCUGGGUGCUCCAAUCUUUCAAGCUCCUUGAUCCCCUCCUUGCCCCGAAUGAGACAGCCCGGGGACGAGAGGAAAGCACUCUGCAAAACCCCUUCCACCCCAUCCUGGCAGCCUUGGACACCAGUGCCGCAGCCAGGAGGGAAACAGCCCAUGAUAGAGGAGAUGACUGGGCAUAUGAGAGACUCAGUGUUUGUGCCCUCAUUCACAGAGUGUGAUACUGGAGCCAUGCAGCAGAGGCGUGUACGGCACAGAUCUGAACCCCAGCACAUUAAAGAGAAGCCAUUUGCGUUUAACCUGGAUGAUGAGAACAUCCGGACCUCUGAUGUGUAACCAAACCCAGGCUCUUUUCGCCUUCAGUUGUGUUUUUUUUAACUGAUGAACUCUGUUGAUAGCAGUUUAAUGCAAAGGUACCUUGAUUCUACCCCAGACACAUGCAGUGGUAUCAGCUAGCCCGAGCCAGCAUAGCGCGCCACUUGUGUAAUAACUAUUGCAAUGUGAUGUACUCUGUCUGCUGAAACAGAGCAGAUUUUGGACUGAAAGAGCUGGUCUCCUCAGUACAAGUGUGGAUAAGUGUGCUAAGUGCAUUGGGCCAGAUUAAUCUCUGGUGAAACUCCAUUUAAUUACCCGGGAUGAAUUUGUCCUGUUUUUGCCAACUCUCACCAGUGACAUGAGCUUUAGGUAGAACCACUUCCCUUGAUAGUGUUGCUUUCCCAGAAAAGGAAGUGGAGGUCACAUAUUUCUAACAGUUCCCCUCUCCCCACCCCCCACCAAAAGCCCACCUUUAACAGCCCAGUUUCUUUCUGUACCACCAGGCUGCCAGUGGUGAGCAUGAGAACUGAAGCAGCACUGGAGGAAGGCAAUGAGAACUGUCAGUAGCCAAGGCAGCCCUUUGUUUUAUUAGGAGGACACCACUGUGACUUGGUGAUCUUAAACCCAUUUUGUGCUCACUUUGUGCAGGCAUAAAUGACGACCGCACAGGGUGUAAGUUGGGAAGCAUCAGACCCCGGUGUCUAACCUGACAAAACAGCACUACCUUUAGCAAAUACCGUGGUUCUGAAUUCUUGGGAAUCAUGCAGGAUAUGUAGGACAAGAUAUUGUCAAAGGCACAGAGGGCAGUUAGGUGCCCAGUUCUCAUUGACUUUCAGUAGGAGAUGGGUACUUAACUCCCCCAUACAGGCCAAAAAGGAAUGAGUGAGUCACACUAGGAAAUCUGCUGUGUUUAUAAAAAGAAAGAACACUGCAACUUUAAAACUGGUUUUCUAGGAGACCAGCUCUUCACAGUGGCGAACUAACAAUGUAUUAACAAAUCUAUUUUCUUUGUAGUAACUCCUUUUCUAUCCACAGCCUUUACAUGAUGUCAGACUCUGGAAAAAGCUCCUUGUUCAGACCUAUGUAACACUUCAUGCAUUGAUGAUAACAAACAUGUUUCUUGGUAUAUUUAUAUUUUUUUUAAAUGUGAGUCAAGGAUAACACCACUUCUUUGCAGACUAGGUGUAACUGAAUAUCUGUGGCAAGAAUAUUCUCAGGUAUGUAUCCAAUCUUGCAUUGCAUACACUUGGGCACAAAGAUUUAAUUAAAAUGCCUGAAUCUUGAAGUAUUAAAUAAUAUGUAGUGAAAGCAGAAUAUUUACAAUGAAAUUGGGAUGAUUUGGCCAUCCAACCAGCAUGCACUCUCGACCUUUACAUGUAAAUAAGCAGAACUCUUUUUUUUUUUAAGCAAUGCAAACGUGGCAUUAACCCAUAACAAAACAAGCUGAUGCACAAAGGGUAUAAAACAAUUUACAGCAGAGA